AUGUUCCAGCGCGAUCCAAGAGCCGGUGCCUUCCUCGGAGGGGACAGAGUGUCCGGCCAGGACAUCCGCGAUCAGAAUGUGGUCGCGGCACAGACGAUCGCAAACAUUGUCAAAUCGUCUUUGGGUCCUCUUGGUCUCGACAAAAUGCUUGUCGAUAACAUCGGAGAAGUAACGAUCUCAAAUGACGGGGCAACGAUCCUCGCCCUUCUUGCUGUUGAACACCCCGCUGGACGCAUUUUCGUAGAUCUUGCGCAAAAACAAGACAAAGAAGUUGGCGACGGAACAACUUCUGUCGUGAUCAUCGCUGCUGAGCUUCUCCGGCGCGCGAAUGAGCUGGUGAAAGCCAAGAUUCAUCCUACGACAAUCAUCACUGGGUAUAGGCUGGCGUGUAGGGAAGCAGUGAGAUUUAUGCAGGAUCAGCUCAGUGUGAAGGUAGAUCAGCUGGGAAAGGAUGCGUUGAUAAAUGCUGCCAAGACCAGCAUGUCCAGCAAAAUCAUUGGGGGCGAUGAUGAUCUGUUUGCACCUAUGGCUGUUGAAGCCAUGCUGGCCGUCAAAACCACCAAUACCCGUGGAGAAACAAAAUAUCCUGUGAAGGCGGUUAAUGUUCUCAAAGCUCACGGACGGAGUGCUCGGGAGUCGGUCUUCGUCAAGGGGUAUGCUUUGAACUGCACUGUCGCUAGUCAAGCCAUGAAGACACGUAUCACAAAGGCCAAAAUUGCAUGCCUCGACAUUGACCUGCGUAAAAUACGUAUGCAACUGGGUGUUCAGAUUUUGGUCGACGACCCCAAUCAAUUGGAAGAGAUCCGGAAACGGGAAGCUGAUAUCACUUUGGAGAGGAUACGUAAAAUCCUUGCCGCCGGUGCUAACGUUAUUUUGACCACCAAAGGUAUCGACGAUCUUGCGCUGAAGGAGUUUGUCGAGGCUGGGGCAAUGGCCGUUCGUCGCUGCAGGAAAGAGGACUUGCGUCGUAUCGCCAAGGCUACAGGCGGCCAACUAGUCUCAAGUCUUGCGAACUUGGAAGGCGAUGAGACUUUUGAAGCGAGCUAUCUUGGCACCGCAGAGGAGGUUGUUCAAGAGCGCAUCUCCGAUGAUGAAUUGAUCCUUGUCAAAGGGACGAAGGUCGUCAGCUCGGCAUCGAUCAUCCUGCGAGGCGCCAACGAUUAUAUGCUGGAUGAAAUGGAGAGAGCUUUGCACGACACCUUGUCGAUCAUCAAGCGAACAUUAGAGAGCGGAACCGUUGUUCCCGGUGGUGGUGCUGUUGAGUCUGCUCUCAGCAUUUACCUGGAAAACUUUGCAACUACCCUGGGAUCUCGUGAGCAGCUGGCGAUUGCAGAAUUCGCCACUGCAUUGCUUGUGAUUCCCAAGACCCUCGCCGUGAACGCAGCGAAGGAUUCCACGGAGCUCGUCGCAAAGUUGCGGUCAUUCCACAAUGCAGCCCAGAAUGCGCCAGCAGGCGAUCCCAAGAAGGUGCUUCUGCGUUACGGAUUGGACCUGCUCAAUGGCGAGGUCCGAGACAAUGUCACGGCUGGCAUCCUUGAGCCCACGGUCAGCAAAGUUCGCAGCCUCAAAUCUGCCUUUGAAGCUGCAGUGUCACUAUUGCGCAUCGACGAUGCGAUCCAAUGUGUACCAGAGCAAAAAGGAGAGUCAGACGGUCAUGGCCACUAG